AUCUCUUCAGCUGUCACUCGUCCUGACAGCGAGCCGCAACUCAGCAAUGUGCGGUACCAAAACUGCCCUACAUCUCAUAGACACCCGAGACCUUUAAUUCUGACCACACGAAACAUCACACUUCGUUUUAUACUGGGUUUUUAUUUUUUUCACGCUUUGAAAUGCCCAUUUUAUCUGAAGAACUGCAUCAAAACAGCUCGCCCUGUCUUUUAAACGGCUAAUUAUUUGUCGCCAUUGGGCGGUCAAUGUUAUUAGGCGUAUUUCGUCUCGCUGUAGUGCGCGUCUGUAUCGAUUAUAUCCCUUUGUUUAGAUCAGUAUCGGCGGACGCUGCGCGAUUGUCUUUAUUAUAAGAACGCCUUGCGUGAAGUAAUCACAAUCGGACGCGAGCCACUAGAGGACACGGACACGCGCAACCAUGUUUGAAACCAGAGGAAUUCCCUUUAUAUUGCUUGACAUCGCGUGCCUGAUACUUGCUGGGCUCCCUCUUGCAGCAUUUAAUCUGGGUAAAAUCAAACCUUAUCAACGGGGCUUUUUCUGUAAUGAUGAGAGCAUCAGCUAUCCCUUCCACAGCAGCACGGUUACCUCAACUGUGCUUUACACAGUGGGCUUCACAGUUCCCAUAUGUAGUAUGAUCAUAGGGGAAUGCCUUUCAGUUUAUCUAAACCGCAUCAGAUCAAAGUCUUACUGCAACAAAUACGUGGCCUGCGUCUAUAAGGCCGUCGGCACCUACGUGUUUGGUGCCGCCGUAAGCCAAUCGCUCACGGACAUCGCCAAGUACUCCAUCGGCCGGCUGCGGCCACACUUCCUGGACGUAUGCAAGCCGGACUGGACGAAGAUCAACUGUACGGGAGGGGCUUACAUAGAGGAUUUUGUCUGCACGGGGGAGGCAACCCUAGUCAAUGAGGCCAGGGUCUCGUUCUACUCCGGUCACUCCUCCUUCUCCAUGUACUGUAUGCUGUUCCUGGCACUCUAUCUUCAAGCAAGAAUGCAGGCCGAAUGGGCUCGGCUCCUACGACCCACGCUGCAGUUCUUCCUGAUCGCUGCGUCCAUUUAUACAGGACUGUCCCGUGUGUCAGACUACAAACAUCACUGGAGUGACGUCCUCAUAGGUCUCAUACAAGGAGCCAUCGUGGCUAUAUUAGUGGUGUUUUUCGUGUCAGACUUCUUCAAAGGGAAGGUGGAACCACGGAAGGAGGCCGAGAUCCCACACACCACCUUGCAAGAGACGCCUACCAACGGAAACCAUUACGACAGCCCGAGCUAAGCUGAAACCCGUGUCGCGUGACCCGAAGAAGUGUGCACCCACUAUGACCACUAAGGUGGAAACCUGUGAAUGUAACUUUGCUUUGUGUUCUUCAAACCCCCCCUCAGCGGCUGCAGGGGUCGGGUUUUUUAUGGACGCUGAUCUACGUUGCCUUGGCUGGAGCUCUGCUGCUGCUACUACAACAGCUCUUUCUUUGUAUCUCCUAAAACUAAUAUAAGUGUACCUCUUUUAAGCCAUGAGAAAAACUUUUUAAACUAUGACAAGAAAAUCACUAUACAGACUUUUUUUAUUAAAACGAUAAAAUGUAUGUACAAGACAUGUUGCGCUUUAUGAAGAAAACAAGAACCUAUUAUGCUUGACGUGAACUCAAAUAAAACAAUAAUCAUGGGCUAGGUUAA